CGUGGGCCAAUAUAGUUCAUUGGGUGCUCAUGCCAGUCCAAACGCUGUUCCCACAGCCAUAUUUACCGAAACUACGGCCAACCCAGCUCACGUCUCGAGGACCAGGGGAGGAGGACGACGAAACUUUUUGCAAAGAGUGCGUGCGGACUGCAGAAAUUUAUCAAAACCCAUCUUCCAAACCAUUUCCAAUGGAUGAAAUCCGCAAGGUUUGGAGUCUCCUGUUAACUUUGCCGUUUUCACGUGUUGCUAAUCCGUAUUGCGCAACUUGGGUGCUCCGUCAGACCCGUAUCUGUUCGCCCAUUUUGUAUGCAUCCCCUUUCUAAUCUGUAUUCAUUAGUUUUUGUCUCUUUCUUUCCCCAAUUUUCUUAAUCUUGUCAUUCUGGGAACUAUAUGGGGUUCGGAAAUUCGAACUUGUGAUUAUGUGCUUGCCAGCUUGUUGCCCAAAUGAAUGGUUCUGAUUUCUCUGGGAAAGUUGGCUUUGGGGUAGGCUGCGUGAGUUUCUAGAAGUUACUUUGUCAGUAAUUCUUCGAGGAAGCAGACUGGGGUGAGUGGUGGAGAAGAUGUGUAAGAAGAAGAACCUGCUCUGAGUUAUGUUUGAAAGCUCGUUUGUUCUGUUCUUAGUUCCUCUUAUUGUUCUUGCUUAUUUCAUGCUACCCCUUUUGGUUUGGACGAAAAUCUGAGGAGAUUUCACUGUUCAAUUCUCUUUUACUUCGAACUUCUUUCUGGGUUGUUGUAUUUGAAGUCUGUGGGUUGCGUUUCUGGAGAAUAGAAUCGUGGGAAGAUCUUACUCUCUCUCUUUUAUCAUUUUGCUUCGACUGGUAGGUUCUGUUCUGGCAUGAAUAUCAAGUAAUUUGUUGUGUUACUUCUUGGAUUUGGUGGUUGGUAAGCGAAGMUUUGGAGAGCCCUCAAUUGGGAGUUUCAUGUUUGGGGAUAUAGGUGGGUCGUUUGGUUAGUGGAGGGCAACAGGAAAUUCGGAACUAGGUAGAAAGAUGUCUUCAACGUCAACAAAUAAGGCUGUGUGUUCUAAGAGCACCUGUGAUCGGUCGAAACAUGGGGCUCAUGUGGUUGCACAGACCCCAAUUGAUGCAAAGCUUCAUGUAGACUUCGAAGGUUCGGAGAGAUACUUCAAUUACUCUGCAUCGAUUGAUUUGAAUGUCUCGAGUUCCACUAGCAAUGUUCAUGCCUCCACUGUACAGUCAUACCUUCAAAACAUUCAGAGAGGAAGUCUAGUUCAACCAUUUGGUUGUAUGAUUGCUGUUGAUGGGGAAAACUUGUCGGUCCUUGCGUACAGUGAAAAUGCCCCCGAAAUGUUGGAUUUGGCCCCUCAUGCUGUGCCUAACAUCGAGCAGCAAGAAGCUCUAACUUUUGGAACAGAUGUACGGACACUUUUUCGUUCCCCAGGUGCUGCUGCUUUACAGAAGGCAGCUGACUUUAAGGAAGUUAAUCUUCUCAAUCCUAUACUGGUCCAUUGUAGAACUUCAGGUAAACCAUUUUAUGCAAUUUUGCAUCGAAUAGAUGCGGGAUUAAUUAUAGACUUGGAACCAGUAAAUCCAGCUGAUGUGCCAGUAACUGCAGCUGGGGCAUUGAAAUCUUAUAAGCUAGCAGCUAAAGCCAUUUCUAAAUUGCAGUCCUUGCCAAGUGGGAAUAUAUCUCUUUUAUGCGAGGUAUUGGUUAAGGAAGUUAGUGAUUUGACAGGUUAUGAUCGGAUAAUGGUGUAUAAAUUCCACGAAGAUGAGCAUGGAGAAGUUGUAGCUGAGUGCUGCCGACCUGACUUAGAACCAUAUCUCGGCUUACACUACCCAGCUACUGAUAUACCUCAAGCUUCAAGGUUCCUUUUUCUGAAGAAUAAAGUUAGGAUGAUAUGUGAUUGUUUGGCACCUCCAGUUAAAGUGCUUCAAGACAGAAGAUUGACUCAGCCAUUAAGUCUAUGUGGAUCUGCACUGAGGGCUCCUCACGGUUGUCAUGCUCGGUAUAUGAUGAAUAUGGGUUCUAUUGCAUCUCUUGUAAUGUCUAUCACAAUCAAUGAGAAUGAUAAUGAAUCAGAGAAUGAUCAAGAAAAGGAAAGAAAGUUGUGGGGUUUAGUAGUUUGCCAUCACACAAGCCCCAGGUUUGUUCCAUUUCCUUUGAGAUAUGCCUGUGAAUUCUUGAUUCAAGUAUUUGGUAUACAAAUUAACAAAGAAGUGGAGCUGCAAACUCAGUUGAAGGAAAAACACAUAUUGCGAAUUCAAACAGUUCUGUGUGAUAUGCUGCUAAGAGAUGCCCCGGUAGGAAUUAUAACUCAAUCUCCCAAUAUUAUGGAUCUUGUUAAGUGUGAUGGUGCUGCCUUGUAUUACAGAAAGAAAUUUUGGUUACUUGGAGUCACCCCAUCAGAGGCACAACUUAGAGAUAUAGCUGUAUGGCUUCUGAAAGACCAUAGUGGAAGCACCGGCUUAAGUACCGAUAGCCUUAUGGAAGCUGGUUUCUAUGGUGCUUCUGCCCUUGGUGAUGAGGUUUGUGGAAUGGCUGCUGUUAGGAUCACGUCUAGGGACUUCCUUUUCUGGUUUCGGUCACAUAUGGCGAAAGAAAUCAGGUGGGGUGGUGCAAAACAUGAUCCUGGUGACCAAGAUGAUGGAAGAAAGAUGCAUCCAAGAUCAUCAUUCAAGGCUUUCCUGGAAGUGGUGAAGCGGCGUAGUCAACCUUGGGAAGAUGUGGAAAUGGAUGCCAUCCAUUCACUGCAACUGAUAUUACGAGGUUCUUUACAGGACGAGGACAGAAUUGAAGAAGAAUGCAACGUGAUUGCAAAUGUCCCAUCAGUUGAUGAGAGGACACAACGGUUGGAUGAAUUGCGUGUAAUCACAAAUGAGAUGGUUCGCCUAAUUGAGACCGCUGCAGUGCCCAUUUUGGCUGUAGAUGUCUUAGGCAAGAUCAACGGUUGGAACUCGAAAGCUACUGAACUUACAGGACUGGCUAUCCAGCAAGCCAUUGGCAUGCCCUUAGUUGACUGUCUCGUGGAUGAUUCUGUUAAGGUGGUAAAGAAAAUGCUCUCCUUGGCCAUUCGAGGUAUUGAAGAGAAAAAUAUAGAAAUCAAACUCAAAACAUAUGGAACUMUGGGUCAUAGUGGUCCAGUAAUCUUAGUGGUUAAUUCAUGCUGUAGCCGAGACCUGAAUGAUAAUGUUGUAGGAGUUUGCUUUAUAGGCCAGGAUGUUACUGAACAAAAACUGAUUAUGAACCGAUACACCCAGAUCCAAGGUGAUUACACGGGGAUUAUGCGGAACCCAUCUGCCCUUAUUCCUCCAAUUUUUAUGACUGAUGAUGAUGGCCGGUGCUUGGAAUGGAAUGAUGCAAUGGAAAAGUUAUCUGGUUUUAGAAGAGAAGAGGUGACAAAUAGGAUGCUUCUUGGGGAGGUUUUCACACUCGAAAAUUUUGGCUGCCGUGUGAAAGAUCAGACAUUAACCAAGCUUAGGAUACUACUGCAUAGAGUAAUUUCAGGCCAGGAUACAGAUAAAUUUUUGUUUAGGUUCUGUGACCGUGAAGGAAAUUAUGUUGAAACAUUGCUUACAGCAAGCAAAAGGACCGAUGCAGAGGGUAAUAUCACCGGGSUUUUCUUCUUCUUGCACGUGGCUAAUCCAGAACUUCAAUAUGCUUUAGAAAUGCAGCGGAUAUCAGAAGAAGCUACAGCUGAUAACCUCUAUAAAUUAGCAUAUCUGCGUCAACAAAUCCGAAAACCACUUGGUGGAAUUAUAUUUAUGCAGAAACUAAUGGAGUCGUCUGACUUAAGUGAAGAGCAAAGGCGGCUACUUAAAUUGAGCACUUUGAGUCGGGAACAGUUGCACAAGAUCGUAGAUGAAACUGAUAUUCAAAGUAUUGAGGAAAGUUACAUGGAAACAAACUGUAGCGAAUUCAACCUCGGAGAUGUUGUUGGCGUUGUAACGAAUCAAAUCAUGAUUUUGAGCCAAGAGCGCGAGGUGAAGAUCAUUUGUGAGUCACCUGCUGAUGUGUCAUCUCUGCACUUAUAUGGAGAUAACUUGAGGCUACAGCAGGUGCUUUCUGAGUUCUUGGCUAACACACUUCUCUUCACUUCCAAAGGAUCAUCCGUUGUCUUCAAAAUAACCCCAAUGAAGGAGCGUAUCGGGAAGGGAAUCCACAUUGUUCAUCUUAAAUUUAGGAUCACCCAUCCUGCUCCAGGAAUUCCCACGCACUUAAUCCGAGAGAUGUUUGAUCACAACAAUGAUUGCUCGAAGGAAGCCCUUGGCCUAUGCAUCAGCCAGAAGCUCGUUAAGAUCAUGAAUGGCACUGUACAGUAUCUUCGAGAGGCCGAGACCUCGUCAUUCAUCAUCCUCAUGGAAUUCCCCUUGGCAGAGCAUAUUUCUUGAUGACAAUGAGGACUAAUGAUCUACACGGCAUGAUUCUCCUGAAGACGCCAUUUCUCUUUAUCUCAUCUCUCUGGUAUAUCGACAAAACAAGCUUUGACAUUACUCGGUAUCAGACCGGGUGGGAUUGUUUGAGAAUACGAGUAGAUAUUAGAGUGAGUGAAACGAGAUUAUAAUAAACGUUCUUGCAGGCCGGUUAGUUUCAAGCUUUAAGGAACCAAAAGACUCGAAAGUUGUAAAGACGACGUCUUCUUUGGCCAUCUAUGGGGCCUCUGAGCGCCAACAAGCCCAGGAACUGUUUCGUAGUUCAUUUCGAAAUCUGAGUUAGAAGCAGAAGUUUGAGAGCUGUUGCUGAGUGUUGCCAUUUUCAAGUGUGAAUGGGUUCGGAAGUGCCUGAAAUAAGUGAGUGAAAACUGAAGUUGUCAACUUGUUUAUAAUGGAUGGGCAAAUUCUCAUCCCUCUUUCAGUUGAAAUAAUAUGCAGUUGUUCAUUUCUCAGUUGA